AUCCCCGCGGAUCUAUGAUAAUGUGAUCACUCUUGCGUUCUCCAUGGCGUAGUUUGUGUUUUACGAUAAUACGUUGAGUUUUUCAAACUGUUUUGGUAUCGCUAACAAAUUUUAAUCGUCGACAUUUUGACGAUAGCAUAUUGCCAUGUAUAUAAAACAGGUGAUUAUUCAAGGAUUCAAAUCCUAUCGAGAGCAGACCGUCGUCGAGCCUUUCGAUCCGAAACACAACGUAGUUGUCGGACGAAAUGGUUCCGGAAAGAGCAAUUUUUUCUACGCUAUACAGUUUGUUCUCAGCGAUGAAUUUUCCCACCUCAGACCGGAGCAACGCCAAGCGUUACUACACGAAGGAACGGGGCCUCGUGUCAUAUCUGCCCACGUAGAAAUUAUAUUCGAUAAUGCAGAUGGAAGGUUGCCGAUCGAUAAGGAGGAAGUCUAUUUGAGAAGAGUUAUUGGCUCAAAGAAAGAUCAAUACUUUUUGAACAAAAAGAUCGUUACAAGAAGCGACGUAAUGAACCUGCUCGAGUCUGCGGGUUUUUCUAGGUCAAAUCCAUAUUAUAUCGUUAAGCAAGGAAAGAUAAACCAAAUGGCGACGGCUCCAGACUCGCAGAGAUUGAAACUGCUAAGAGAGGUUGCUGGGACAAGAGUUUACGACGAUCGAAGAGAAGAAUCGAAAUCCAUUUUAAAAGAGACGGAGGGCAAGCUUGAAAAGAUUGAAGAUUUUCUACGAACAAUUGAGGAACGACUGAAAACUCUGGAAGAGGAGAAAGAGGAACUAAAAGAGUAUCAGCGGUGGGACAAACAGCGUCGUUGUUUAGAAUACACGAUCCAUGAACGCGAAUUAAAAGAGAACAAGCGUAAGCUAGAGGAACUUGAAGCUUCUCGUGCCAACAGUGGUGCCGAACAAGCAAGGCUUUGCGCAGAUGUCAAGGCUGCACAAGAAACAGUACGUGCUGCGACGAGACGUCUCAAAGAGGCGAAGAAGGAUGUCAGCUCAGCCAAGGAAGAGCGAGACACGCUUAGUGCCGAGCAGCAACAAUUACUAAAAGAAAAGACAAAGUUAACCUUGACUAUCAACGACUUGCUGGAAGAAGUGAAAGGUGAUAACGAUAGCAGGAAACGGGCCCAGCAAGAACUGGAAAAGUUGAAGUCAAACAUUGCGGCUAGAGAGAAGGAAUUAGAAUCCAUCAAACCUGAGUAUGAAGAAAUGAAACGAGUUGAGGAAGAGUGCACACGAGAAUUGGCACUGAAGGAACAAAAGCGCAAAGAACUUUAUGCGAAACAAGGCAGAGGCAGUCAGUUUACCAGCAGGGACGAAAGGGACAAGUGGAUUCAAAAUGAGCUGAAACAGUUGACGAAACAAAUAAAAGACAAGGAGGAACAUCAGAGAAAAAUCAGCGAAGACCUGAAAAGGGAUGCAGAGAAGCAGAUAGCUCUGGAAAAGAAAAUCGAGGAACACACGCGAGAAAUGGAGCGACAAAGGGCAUCCAUCGAUGACCACAAUAAACAGUACUACGAACUGACCAAAGCGAAGGAUCAGUGCCAAGCAACGAGAAAAGAACAGUAUCGACAGGAAAGUGUACUUCAGUUAAACCUCUCCGGUUUGAAGGAAGAUUUAGCGAAGGCAGACCAGAGCUUACGAUCCAUGGCUGGAAAGCCUAUUUUGAAUGGCAGAGACAGUGUUCGUAAAGUUUUGGAUACCUUUCGAGAAAGACCAGAUAUGGCACACGAAGUAAGCAGUUACUACGGUCCAGUCAUUGAGAAUUUUGACUGCGACAAAAGUGUUUACAUGGCUGUCGAAGUAACAGCUGGGAAUCGACUUUUCCAUCACAUCGUGGAGACUGACAAGUUUGGAACGAAGAUUCUCAAGGAAAUGAACAACCAGAAAUUGCCAGGGGAAGUGACGUUCAUGCCUUUGAAUCGUUUACACGUCAAAAUAGUCGAUUAUCCAGUAACUAUCGAUGCUAUUCCGAUGAUUUCGCGUUUAAAUUACGAUCAGAAGUAUGAUAAGGCUUUAAGAUACAUAUUUGGAAAAACGUUAAUAUGUCGAAAUCUGGAGGCUGCCACCAGCUUGGCACGUACUUCUGGACUAGACUGCGUCACUUUGGAGGGAGACCAGGUUUCCUCGAAGGGAUCAUUAACCGGAGGGUAUUUCAAUACUUUGAGAUCACGUCUGGAAAUUCAGAAAACGAGAUCGGAAUUAAUGGCGCAGAUUAAUGCAUUAGAGACUCAACUUUCCACCCUUAAAGAGGAAAUUAGAACCGCUGAUCAGAGCAUCAGUUCAUACGUCAGUGAGAUGCAGCGAACCGAGACCAAGAACAGCAAAGCCAAAGAUAUAUACGACAAAAUGAAGGCUGAAAUACGACUGAUGAAGGAGGAACUCAGUGCGAUAGAAAGAUAUCGAACACCGAAGGAAAGAAGCCUCUCGCAAUGCACAUCGAGCUUGGAAGCACUACGAAACACAAAGGAAGGUUUAGAAAGUGAACUGCAUCAAGAAUUAAUGACACAACUUUCUGUCGCCGAUCAACAUCAGGUCGACACGUUAAACGAUGAUAUCAGACGUCUGACGAAAGAAAAUAAAGAAGCUUUCGCAAAGAGAAUGCGUCUGGAAGCCGAGAAAAAUAAACUGGAGAAUCUGUUGACGAACAACUUGGUGCGAAGAAAGGACGAACUGGUACAGGCCUUGCAAGAGAUAUCUGUCGAAGACAGACAGCGUCAACUUGAGUCUUCGAAGGCUCAGCUGGCAGAUAUUGAGAGGCGACUUGUCAAAGUUAACGCUGAUUUCAAGUCUCAGAACGAAAAAGUUAAUAGUGCGAUGAAGAGGCAAAAGGCAGAGGCUGCAGAGGUAGAGAAGUGGAAGGCGAAGGAGAAGGAAGCUCAGGAUAAGAUCGAAGCCGAUGCCAAGGAUCUGGAAAAACUGGCGAGUAAAGCGAAUAUCUUGGAACAGAAGAUCGUCGAGUGUACGCAGAAGAUCACCGAUCUGGGGGCUUUGCCCAGCCACGAUGCUUACUCCAAGUUCAUCACGAUGACGACGAAAUCACUAUUUAAGGAGAUGGAGAAGGCGAACAAUCAUCUGAAGAAAUACAGUCAUGUAAACAAAAAGGCUUUGGAUCAGUUCAUGUCGUUCAGCGAUCAAAAAGAGAAACUGGUUAAACGAAAAGAAGAAUUGGACCGUGGCGAUGAGAAAAUCAAAGAAUUAAUGUCUGCGUUGGAGCAACGGAAGUGUGAAGCCAUUCAGUUCACUUUUAAGCAGGUAAGCAAGUAUUUUAGCGAAGUAUUCAAAAAACUGGUCCCAUCGGGCCAUGCUCAGUUAGUCAUGAAGACUGCCGAUGGAGAAGAAGGAGACGAUGCAGCAUCGGAAGCAGCUGACUCGGAUAGAUUCAUCGGAGUUGGCAUCAGAGUUUCCUUCACCGGUCAUAAAGCAGAAAUGAGAGAAAUGAACCAGUUAUCGGGAGGCCAGAAAUCUCUCGUAGCCCUUGCUUUGAUCUUUGCGAUUCAGAAAUGUGAUCCUGCUCCUUUCUACUUGUUCGAUGAAAUAGAUCAGGCUCUCGAUGCUCAACACAGGAAAGCAGUGGCGGACAUGAUCCACGAACUCAGUUCGGAUGCACAGUUCAUUACUACGACUUUCAGGCCGGAGUUGUUGCAACACGCAAACAAGUUUUAUGGAGUAAAGUUCCGAAACAAAGUUUCACAUGUGGUCUGCGUGUCAAGAGAGGAAGCUGCCGAUUUUGUUGAGGAUGACACAACUCAUGGUUGAGAAUUAUCGAUAGCCCAAAACUUGAACCUUCACCUGGAUUAUUUUUUCCACGCAAAUCUACGUGACUUACGUUUUACAUAAAAUAAUAUGAACACAUUUUCCUCUUAAAUUGACGUCACCGGGAAAAUUUCAACGAGAGAGUGUUCGAUUUAAGCAUUUUUCAACAAAAGUCACCCGAUGCAAGUAUUUCACAUCGUACUGUACAAUUGCCUGAUACAUUGGUAUUAAAAGUAAGGUGAGAAGUUUUCUAUAAGCGUCCUAAGAGUAAAAUUUCAAGUCUACUUUUAAAGUAAAACCUACUUGAAACAAUGGACAAUUUUAAGGUAUCGACAAAUGCACUUCGUAAUGUCUUCAAUUUUUACUUUUCGAAUUUUUAUAACGCAUACGUUCUUAUUUACGUAACAUUCACAUGUGGCAUUAUUUUUAUAGCAAGUAAUCCCCGAGUUUAUUAAUUCUUUAUUUACGAGCGUCCGGGAAAAUAAUUAAUUCGAAAAUUACCAUUUUGA